CGGGUCUGCAGCAGCCCGCGGCCUGGCACUCGGCGGCCAUGGAGGACUUCACGGCCUUCCAGCGGAAGUGGUUUGAGGUGGCCUUCGUGGCGGAGGAGCUGCUGCACUCGGAGAUCCCGGCCUUCCUGCUGCCUUGGCUGCCCAGCCGCCCCGCGUCCUACGCCAGCCGCCACAGCUCCUUCAGUCGCAGCUUCGGCGGGAGGAGCCAGGCGGCCGCACUGCUAGCAGCCACUGUGCCCGAGCAGAGAACGGUGACCUUGGACGUGGACGUGAACAACCGCACUGACCGCCUGGAGUGGUGCAGCUGCUACUAUCACGGCAACUUCUCCCUCAACGCCGCCUUCGAGAUCAAGCUGCACUGGAUGGCCGUGACGGCGGCCGUGCUCUCCGAGAUG